CGAUAGCCUCCCACGCCUCAGCUCCUCUCCUCCGACAACCAUCCCAACCACAUCAGCAACGUGCCAUGUCGUCGCUGAGCAGAGCAGACAAGGCCCUGCGGCCCGCCAUACGGCGAGGUUUGCUCCAAUCCGCUCGUAAUCCCACCGUGUCCUCUACCGUAUCCUCACCUUACCUCCGAAACCUCGCACCCUCUCUCGCGCUCGGUGCACAGCGAACGCUACACAGCACGUCAAGAUCCCUCGCACCGGCCUCGUCGGGCAGCAGUUUCAUGGGCCCCAUACCGCCGUCGUAUUUCCAGCGUCCCUCUCUCCCCGCAAACACCAUAAUUCGAUUCGUCCCACAGCAGACAGCAUGGAUAGUCGAGCGCAUGGGCAAGUUCAACCGCAUCCUCGAGCCCGGCCUUGCCAUUCUCGUCCCCUUCCUUGACCGCAUCGCCUACGUCAAGAACCUGAAAGAAGUCGCAAUCGAAAUACCGAGCCAGAGCGCCAUAACAGCCGACAAUGUGACGCUAGAGCUUGACGGUGUGCUGUAUACACGUGUCUUUGACGCCUACAAAGCGAGCUACGGAGUCGAAGACGCCGAGUACGCCAUAAGCCAAUUGGCUCAAACAACCAUGCGCAGCGAGAUCGGCCAACUGUCCCUCGACCACGUCCUGAAAGAGCGGGCCGCACUGAACACCAACAUCACAGCGGCCAUCAACGAGGCGGCCCAAGCCUGGGGCGUGACCUGCCUGCGGUACGAGAUCCGCGACAUCCACGCGCCCGAGGGCGUCGUCGAGGCCAUGCACCGCCAGGUCACGGCGGAGCGGUCGAAGCGCGCCGAAAUCCUCGAGUCCGAAGGCCAGCGCCAGAGCGCCAUCAACAUCGCCGAGGGAAAGAAGCAGAGCGUCAUCCUCGCCUCCGAGGCCCUGCGCGCCGAGAACAUUAACCGCGCCUCCGGUGAGGCCGAGGCCAUCCUCCUAAAAGCCAAAGCGACCGCCGCCGGCGUUGACGCCGUAGGAGCCGCCAUCGCUGCGGGCGGUGCCUCAGCACAAGGCGCCGUGUCCCUCUCCGUCGCCGAGAAGUACGUCGACGCCUUCGGCAAGCUCGCGCGCGAGAGCACCGCCGUCGUAGUCCCCGGUAACGUGGGCGAUAUCGGCGGCAUGAUCGCCACGGCGCUCAGCGUCUACGGCAAGGUCGGCGACGCCCAGGGCCGCUCCAUGGCCAAGCAGCUGCUGGAGAAGAACGGCGCGAUCGAGGCGGAUAAGGCGAAGGGCCAAGAGCCUGAGAGCAUCGUCGACUCAGUCGUGCGCGAGUUCGACAGCACGACCGCCAAGAAAUAAAGUGAUCGAGCGAGCGAGCUAACUAGUCCUUGACUACUGUUUAGGAGAUCAUGAAUAGGUGAAGGACAUGUACCCAACUAGGUUAGAGGAAUCCAACGGUACGCCCCUCUAUGUAAACUCUACACUCUACCAUGAGCAGGACGAGGCCGGCUCCUGUAUAACUACAUCAGAAGGAGAUGGCACAUUAAACAUCCUGGAGAUAAUCCAGGAUGGGCACGAGAAAAAGGAAUCACCUAGGCAUUGAACAUGGCACCAGACGACAUGGUAGAGAAAAAAAAAAGGACAUAUCAAUCAUCACCAAUCGGGAA